AUGGUACCUGGUUCAAUACCAGCAGAAGACGUUUUAUCGUGUCGCCGAUGUCUGAACGCGAAGACGAUCGACACGUGCACCACGAGUAUUGUAUGUGAUAAUAGAACUGAGGAAUGCUACAUGGAUGAGGUUAUCACUCCGAAUGCAGAAGUUGUGUACAGAGCUGGAUGUCGUUCACGACAGGCAUGUUUCGCACGUAAUCACUACCACGGUGGAAGUCCCCUGGCAAGUAGAUAUGGAUGCUUCAAUUUUGAGAUAUGCAAGCUUUUAAUGAGGCGUGCCUUCGAUGAUCUGAAGAGAUGUUACGGGAUUGAAGAUACUUAUCUGUGUGAUAAUAACAAUGAUAGCGUUUGUAAUGUUUGCUGCAGAGAUGGUGGUUGCAACUACGGCGAUUGCCAGAAGAUAAAACGUCGUCUGUUUGAAGAGUAUAAGCAGGGUUUGUUUAGUCUGGAUACCUUGAAGUCAACCACAUCGUAA